UGUUCCUUAUAGUGCAUUCUUCCUGCCUGCAACGGCAUUUGUCUAGAAUCACUACUAACUCGCUUUUUUUCAUGUAGUGCCUGAUUGGCUAGAUCCCCUCAUGCUAAGCAUAAGGAACACCAUAUUUAUGUGUUGUAGAUUAAUGAUAACGCCGGCAGCUAAUGUUUAAAAGAUAUUCCUCUAUCGGCAGUGUUAUUUACAAUAGUAAUUACAUUAAGUUUAGUUUAGCACUAGCAAUAACACUCAUUCGCAUUAGAUUUUUUUUUUUUACUUCUAUUCAUUUAUUGAUAUUUUUUUAUUAAUUUUUUUCUUCGUCUAAUUCUUACAACCUGCUGGCUUCGUCUUUUGCUGCUAUCACCUUACUACUUCUGUCAUUGUCAUUCCCUUCUGUACUCCAUUAUUUUAAGUUGUUCUUCCAUAUCUGGUGUCUCCAAUCAUUGAUCCCUUCUCUGAAUUCUUAAUCCUCACUAGAAGUUUUUUGUGUGUUCAUCAUGUUGAAGACAUCAUGCAGCCCUGUCUCACUCCUUCAUUGUUUUCCUUCCUGCCUCCUAACAUGAAGUUAACUUUAUUACCCUUGUACACGUUCCUGAUCACCUAUACCACUCUAUCUGGUAAAUUUAAUCUUUCACCAUACUCUCACUUCAGGAUGAAACAGUUUUUUGGUAAUUUUGACCUGUUUUAUAAAUUAAACUGCAUUAAUUGCAAAUCAAUACUUUUUAUAUUCUCUCCUUUCCCUUCCCCCAAAACAUGGUCUAUCCCCUCAGAAAGCACAGUGUUACGAUGGAAAUGAAAAAAAAGAUAAAUACAAAACUGAUCAAAAUGCACUAGAGAAAAUAGUUUUGUUAUUGCAAAGUACCACAAAAGUAACAGUCCAAUAUUUUGACUGUUACUGCUGUGAAGAAUGCUUGCCACCACCGCUAGUCACUGCUGCCUAUGCCAACCUAUUGAAACUUAUUUAUUUAACCAAAACUAACUUAAAGCUAACUUGAAGCUAACCUAACCUAACCUAGUUGAGACAAAAUACAUUUCUGAUACAUCUUUCUCAGAACUAAUUAACUUUAUCUAACCCAAUUAAACUCAUGGAAUAAAAAGCAAAUUAGUCUAACCUGACUAGUAAUGUUGAGAAAUUUACAUGUAGCUAGUUGUUAACUUAUUUCUCUUCAUAAGAUAUGGCAAUACAAUAAAAAAGUUGAGGCAACACCCUACCCAUUCUGACAUCUUCCAUAAACUGAUUCAAUUCCGGUCCACAAACUGCUCUGAGUGGCUAUAUUUAUUAUCUCUUAUUUUUAUUGGUCAGUGGCUGCAUGCCUAAACAAAAGAACCAAUCGCCGUGAAUUAUUUCAUGUAUACACAAAUAAUAUGACAAUAUGUACACAUGAAGGAACACACCUAACAGUAUUCCUCGGUGCACAUGUGUCGCAGCACUUAAACUCAUUCUUCCCCAAAAAUGGUAAAUCUUUAAAAAUUUUUGUCAACAUUAUAAACAAUUUGGGAUGGAUAUGUGUGGGUUCAUAUUACUCAGAAUGAGAAGUUCUACAUUAUGAGAAGGAAUGAAGAGCUCUGAAGAACUGGAUGACAUGGACAAAGACAGUGAAUUUGACAGUGAAGCCGAAGAUAUAGAGUUCCGACUGUAUCAGCAGUUGUAUUUUGAAGCAAAUCCAGAUGGAACUGAAGCUGACACUGAGAGAAGGUCACCUAUAGAGGAACAACAUGAAGGGGAGGUCAACCCCAACAAGACCCAUGAUGAGCAGAUUGCACAGCUUGAUGGUUGCCAAUUGGACAUGCUAGAAAUGAAGAGUUUGACUUCUCCACACAAAAUGCCAACAAUUGCCUUUCAAAAUCAUGAAACUCAAAGUUCCCAGUUUGACAAUUGCAUUUAUAUAAAUACUGAGGAAGGUACAGAGGUUGCACUGACAGAUUAUACUGCUAAUAUAGAUUUGGGAAAUACCGAAGAAUGUUCUAUUGGACAAAAGGGAAAAGUAAAUAAUAAUUGUGAUCCUGUAGUUCCUUUUAGUGAUGGUAUUCCUUUCGUAAAGGAAAAUGAAAUAUCCUUGCAGUCAGCAAGGGAAAGACUGUCUAGCACCUGUAGUGAUGGCAGUAUCCGUGGUAGUGUUCCUCUUGAUGCACUGUAUUGUACCUUGGUGACAUCUGAGGAGGAAGAUGAUACAAUUGAUAGCAGAUUGAUCCUGAAAAAUAUAGAGACAGAUGAUCAAGAGAGAAUUAAAGAAAAGUCCAACAAAAGGAAAAGAGGAAAUAUUUCAUGUUCAGAUGAUGAAGAAGAUUCGAGAUGUAAUAACCUUAUGAGUAUUGCAUCAAAGAACAUUGUGAAUGAAGGUGAUGUACAACAGCUGGAAGACAGCAAUUCAGAAGAUGAUAUACAUGUACUUCCUCCGCCAAAACAAAGAAAUCCUGAAGUAUUAACUUUGGAAUCAAGUUCUGACAGUGAAGAAAAAGUAAGAAUAAGAAAUGGAACUUGUAUAAAAUCAAACAAUAAUAAAUAUCGGAAAAUUGAGAAGCCUCCCUCUUCAUCUCUCAAAGCCAUAAAUGAAGAAGGAAAUUCAAGAAGUGUGCAUCAGAUUUCAGGGAUUCGAGGCGAGCUUGGAAAGAAGGAAAGAGAUGUAGCAGCUGGAUCAGAAUCAGACAGUUGUGAUGUUGAUAUGCCAGAAGCUACAAAAGGCACAGAUUUGACAUUGAAUAUUGAUAAAAGGCUUACAGGCUGGAUUAAAACUAUAACAAAGGAUGCACCAACAAAUAAGAGGAAAAUUGACGUAACAAAAAAUCCACAAAACAAGAGAAAUUGUUCCUCUGUUGACUUCACCAAAGGGCGACCUGAUACAAAAACAAAGCCGUCGUGUGAAAAGUGGACGCAGAGCAUGGCAAAUUUUUAUGACUCUGAUGUUUCUGAUGAAUUUGAUGUGUCAGAAAUUCAUCAUCAACAAUCAGGUUCACCAGCAGAUUGGCCUCUCAUUGCUGCUGAUUACCAAAUUACUCGAAAAAGAAGGUACUAUAAUGUAACUGAAAGGUGUAGACGUUGUAGAGAACAAGGACACCCAAUCAGCAAAUGUCCUCGAGUUCCAGUGUGCCACCUUUGUUCUAGCACAAAUCAUUGUUAUCGGAGUAAAUGCCCUGAAAACUGCUGUUUUAAAUGUGGUGGGGAGCCUCACUACUUCUGCCCUAUUAUGGAUCUGUCACGUACCUGCCACUUAUGCAGUUAUCCAGGCCAUCAAAAAGACCUUUGUCCUGAUCUUUGGAGACGAUUUCAUCUGACUACCAAUGGAUUGAGGGCUAAGACUCCCAUAGGAUGCCUUCCGAGACCAUUAGGGGAGCGAUACUGUUACUGCUGUAGCAGACAGGGUCACUACGGCCAUGAAUGUCCUGUUAGGUUUCAGAACAGAUCAUAUGUAAACGUGUCUCAGUCUGUUGUUAGCUAUGGCUGUCCUGUUACCUUGUUUGGUGGCAAUUUUGCAGUCAAUGUUGAAGGAGCACCAUCACCUUCACUUAAUGAAGAUGUGACGUCAAUGCAUAUCAAAUUGAGGGAUGUUGGAAGAAUAAUAGGGAAGAAAGGAGCAAUGGUGCAGUCAAUCAUGAAGGAUUCUGGUGCUCAUGUUGAAGUUGUCCAUGAGGGAAAGCCUCAGGUAUUGCUGUUUGGCCCUUCAGAAGCACGACUCAAGGCUCAAGAUAUUAUAAAAGUUCUUUUAGGAAUCAGGAAAAGCAUAAAUAAUGAAGUUACUAAAGCUUUAAAUAACAGCAGUAGUUGCCAUUAUUUGGGAAAUUAUGUUUGUGACAAUGUUGCCAUGGAUGUAGGUAAUAGUCAGAAUAUUUGGAAUGGGCAAUUUUCUUCCCAUACUGACAGAAAAAAAGGUCUUAUUCUGGGUAACAUUAAAGUGUUCAUGAAAAACAUACACACCAAGAAGCAUAUAAAUUUAUCUCCUGCUAUAAAGAAGCUGAAAAAAUUCAAGUCGAGGAAGGAAUCUACUCCUUCUGAACAGCUCUCUGAAAUUGAAAAGAAAUACUUGAAUUUAGUUGCAAUGAAUGCUUUAGCAAAUUCAGACUAUGGAAAUAGUGAUGAAAUACAAGAAAAGCUAACUGCUUUGCUGAACUUAGUGGAGUCCCACCCAUCUAGUACCAUUUCAGAAGACCUCUGUGCUCAACUUACAAACACUGUGCAGCCCUUUCUCAACCCUUCACUUGAAAAACUAGAUGAAUUAUUACAAUAUGCUCAUAAGAACAAUCUUGUCUUCCUAAAGCAUAGGAGAAUAUUAAAAAAUUAUCAAAAUGUAAAGAAAGGAAAAGCCAAGAAAUCAAAAAAAUUCAAAGAUGUAAGGAAAGAAAAAGGCAAGGAUGAUAAAAAAAUCAAACCUGUAAAGAAAAUAAAAGGCAACGUAAAGAAAAUCAAACCAGUAAAGAAAGAAAAAGGUGAGAAUGACAAAGAAAUCAAACCUGUAGAGAAAGAAAAAGGUGAGAAUGACAAAGGAAUCAAACCUGUCAAGAAAAAAGGAGGCAAAAAGAUAAAAAAAAUCAAACCUGUAGAGAAAGAAAAAGGCGAGAAUGACAAAGAAAUCAAACCUGUUAAGAAAAAAGAAGGCAAAAAGGUAAAAAAGAUCAAACCAGUAGAGAAAGAAAAAGGCGAGAAUGACAAAGAAAUCAACGCGGUAAAGAAAGAAAAAGUUAAGAAUGCCCCAAAACUCAACCCUGUUAAGAAAGGAAAAAUUAAAAAUGCCUCAAAAAUCAAUGGUGUAAAGAAAGGAAAAACCAAGAAUGUCACAAAAAUCAAAGGUGUAAAGAAAGAAAAAGCCAAGAUUGACAAAGAAAUUAACACUGUAAAGAAAGCAAAAGCCAAGAAUGACAAAGGAAUUAAAGCUGUAAAGAAAGAAAAAGCCAAGAAUGACAAAGGAAUUAAAGCUGUAAAGAAAGAAAAAGCCAAGGCUGAAAGUGCCAGUAAGGUUAAAAAGAAUCCGAAGAAGAAUAAAAAAAUGGCAUUCAAAAGAGCUAUAGUCAUGAAGAAAACCAAACCAAAGAACGCAGUGAAUUAAAGUAUGAGAUAAAAACACUAUUGUUAAAAGAUUAUAGAUAUUUAUAAUGAAUUAUAAAGCUCAA